UAUUUAUGUUCACCUUGUAAUAUUCAUUAAAUAUUUAUUUUCAAUUCUGAAAAAAAAAAAUGUAGGUGAAAACAUAAAUAUUUGCUGGAGUCCGGAUGGGCAAACAAUUGCUGUUGGAAACAAAGAAGAUCUUGUGACCUUUGUGGAUGCCAGGUCACAUCGUGUCAAGACAGAAGAACAGUUCAAGUUUGAAGUCAAUGAAAUUUCAUGGAACAAUGAGAAUGACCUGUUUUUCCUGACAAAUGGACAUGGAUGUAUUAAUGUAUUAAGCUAUCCCGAUCUUAAGUCGCUUCAUGUGCUGAAUGCUCAUCCUGCCAACUGUAUAUGUAUUGAAUUCGACCCAACUGGAAAGUACUUUGCCACAGGGAGUGCUGAUGCCCUUGCCAGCUUAUGGGACGUCAACGAACUUAUUUGCAUCAGGACUUUUUCAAGGCUGGACUGGCCAGUAAGAACGUUAAGCUUCAGUUAUGACGGAAAGAUGUUAGCAUCGGCUUCAGAGGAUCUGGCCAUUGAUAUUGCUUCUGUUGAAACAGGUGAGAAGAUAACUGAAGUUCAGUGUGAAAGUCCAACAUUCACAGUAGCAUGGCAUCCCAAGAGGCAUCUGCUGGCAUUUGCGUGCGAUGAUAAAGAUAAGUACAACAGAGACAGAGAUGCUGGAACCAUCAAAUUGUUUGGACUUGCCAAUGAUUCGUCCUAGUGCUCCUUCCAUGCUGAAACUUUUUUACUUGGAUAAUAUGCCAGUGAGAUGUCAUUUGGAUAAUUGUAUUUUUGUCCAAAUAACUGAGUUUUGGGCUAAAACGCCUUGAAUAUUGGGUACGUUUAUGCUAAAAAGAAAACCCAGGGCAAAGCACUCAGAAUGUAAAAUGAUGCAAAGAAGUGUAAGGCUAAAAAAGGCUCCGGUUUCUGGUCUGCGCGCCUGUGCGCCAUAGCCAUGCGCGUCGGUAAAAUUAAAAAAAGUUUUUUUACAAUGUAAGAUGUCUUAAAACUGCCAAACUCACUGGUGUGACUGAAAUCCAGCUGCUGCAGUUUUAAUGCAUUUUUAGAUGGGGUUACGAUCGAGUAUAAGUUUUAUGUGGCCUCUCUGGGCUCCCAUAUAUUUUGCAUUAGAUUCAGUCAGGCGUCAUUUGCAGACAGUGUUGUACGUUUGUAAUUGUGCUUCCGGAAGCAAGACUGAGGAAGCGAAGGUCGUGUAUUUUGAACCUGUAAACGCUUUUUAAUAAGAGCUAUAUAUAUUAGGGAGCAGACUAAUGACAAGCCUGGCAGCACAUGCACGGUGUCAAUGUCGGUCUGAAGUUACUGUUUUCUCUGAUUUUUGUCUUGACUAUCUAAAUUAUCCGAAGAAUCGUCGUGUUGGUCGAGAUCGUAAGUGGGUGCAGAAUUCUCAAGCCUUAUGGUCUUACUGAGGUCACCUCAAACUUCACCCUGAAGGAUAUUUUUGAGAGUUUUAAGGGGAUCGAAGCGUCAUCUGCAACAUCAUUGAAGAAAAAGAAUAGGAAAAAAAAACAAGCUGCGUCACGCCACACCUCUUUUGGGGCAAGCUCGAUACCAAAAACCAAAGACUUUUUUUGUGGCCUAAUGCAAGUUAUGGAAUCGCCAAAUGCAUAUUCCAUGCCUUGUGAUAUACAUAUAGUUGUAGGUGCAAAGUGCAGUGUAAAGUCAAACAGCAACAACAUAGAAAGUAUACACAUAUGUUUUGGCAUUGUCUUCUAUCAAUCAUUGUAACUAGUACUCUUUUCUUGCUCAAUAGUUGAUUGUUAUAGAAUAUGAACCCAAAUAUUCCAUAUGUGCAUGUACACUUCAGAGACUCUUUCCCAGGUAAAAAGUUAAUUAUUAUUCCCAUGCGAAAUACAUUUGCAAAUGCUGUGAUAUGAUUUAAAUGCUCUUGAUUGUUCAAUUCUUCCAGUUACAUGCUACUGGCAAACUCUCUGGUCGAGUGGUUAGAUGUCUGCAGUUAGUCCAGGGAUUGACCACGGAAGCCCCAAUUUGGGUCUGAAUAGAAUGUUUUUGCAUGUUCUUGUCAUUCUGACCAUCUAUCAAUAUUCUGACAGGUGCCUACCAUGGCACACUUGUGCAUUAUUUAAAAAAACAACCCAAUUAAUAUGCAAAUUAGCAUAAAAUAGACCCUCAAAACAGUUCUACACCUCGUUGGAUUUGAUUGGACAAAUUCCUUCAGAGAAAAUAGAUAUAUGGUAUAACUUUUUCUGAUAAAUAGCAAGUGCUAAUUUGCAUAAUACAGUGGAACACUGCUAUAACGAAUACCACGGGAUCCACAGAAAUUGUUUGUGAUAGCAAUCAUUCGGUAUAGCUAGUUUGAGCCGCCGGUAUUGUUUAAAUACUGUUUGUUUAAGUAGCUCCCUCUUUUUCCCUGCUUGAAGUAGGUUUAUUUAAUUCCCCUUUUUCACAGUUUUGAUGAAAAUUCCAUCUUAUGAAAAGUUUCAUUACGGUAACCGCUGCUACAUCAGAAUCGAACCAGCCAACCGAUCCAACUUUCACUGGGGAGGUUACACACUGAGUAUACAGUGUUUAUAUGAAGGGCAAAACCUAAUAUUAAAUGUACAUAACCCUGACGCAAAUUCCAUCUUUGGUGGUUUCACAUUCGGGUUUUAAUUUAAUAAUUAAAAGGGGCCAUAUCGUAAGUCCGAUACCUCGUAAGUCGGAAAUUUCAGAAUUAUGAGGCAUCAGAUGUAUGAGGCAUCGGACUUAUGUAUAUGAGCUAUGAGGCGUCAUAGCUCUGAGGCCUCCUAAGUCUGACACCUUGUAAAUCCGACAUCGGACAAAUGAGGCAUCGGACCUGCAAGGCGUCAGAGCUAUGAGGCAUUGGACCUAUUGGACGUCGGACCUAUGGGGUGUCAGACCUAUGAGGCGUCAGACUUAUGGACCUUUAUUUGGUUGGGGGAUGAGAUUUUGUCGGACUUAAGAGGCAUCAGACUUAUGAGCGGACCCCAAUUAAAACUGGCUAAAUAAUGUUUGAUACAUGUAUAACUGGUAGAGUUUUUAAUCUGUUGACUUUUUUGAUCAAUGAGGUUUGGUACCUUUUGUAUACAAAAAACUGGGAGCCAAGGGUGAUGUUUGAUAUACUAAAUGUUCGGUAAAGCAGCGUAUGCAUAAAAUACAUACAGCAUCAGUGUAGAAAUGGCUUCCAUAAAUAAGUUAACCUUAAGAAUAUGGGUUUAAACACCUCGUUUGAUACGAUUAGACACAUUCUUGCAGAGAUAAGUUGGACGAAAUCCUAUAGAAAAUUAUAUUUUACAUUAUGGUGGUAGCUAAUUUGCAUAUUAAUUGUUUAAAAAAAAACUGCCCAUGGGCACCAAUCGGAAUGUUGAUCUACACGGUCUAAAUGACAAGAAAACACAAAAACAGUUUGAGCAGACCCUAAUGCAUGGUCCUCCUCCAAAUAGGGGUUUGACACCCGGACUAAAUACCAGCAGGUGGUUGUGGGGUCAAAUCCUAUCGAAGUUGUUUGCGAUUUUUUUCUAACAAUCAUUCAGGACAACACAGAGUAUUCAGUGUUUAUAACAAAGACGUCGGUGAACUUGUCCAUUUUCAACACAGUGUGUCAAAUAUUCAUACAGUCCACACUGUUCUGUUGCUGUUGGCUAUGGAAAGCCCUGCUGGAUAGAAGGGACAUAUUUCUGUACACAUACAUUGUCUUUUUCAAAAUGACAUCAUGCCAGAAGGAAUAAUUUCACAUGCAGUUGAGUGUCAUUACUAUCUUGAAACCAAGUAAGCCUUUUAACAAUAAUGUGGUCAGAGACUCGACACUCUACAUUUAAGAAGAGUGCAUAACAAAUGGAUAGUUCAAGUUGCAGCUCAGUAGAUACUACACCGGGUACAUUAAAAAAAAAAAACAAUGUAAUGUAUGCACAAUUUUUGAGGUCUAGUAACUGGUUGCUAACACAUGUUGAACCACAGACACCAAUGGGCAAACUUUCUUAAACCACCUUCGAUGAUUGUUUACUUCUGAAUGAUACCAUUCAAGGCAGAAUUUUCAGUGUAUUUUGUACCAGUCCUAUCUUCACUUGGAACAAAGAUUUUCUCAUGAAAUCAGAAGAUAUAUUUCUGGGUAUUUUUGAAUGUUUCUAUGUGCCUUAAAUGCCAGUGUUUAUUAAAUUAAAUGAAAUCAGUCAAAUAUUCUACAUCAUCAUGUGUUCCUUUGAGGUGGCCAUAUUAAGUUUUAUCGAUCAAAAUAUUCUUUUAUCCCACACAUAAAAUCCAAUAUUAUUAUCAGGCUGACUUGAUCAGCAAGAAAUAAAUUUCAGGACACUUUUCUUUAUUUCUCAAAUUCCCUUGAAUAUUCUUUGUGUAUUUACAACCAAAGUAAAUGUCGCGAUUCUCGAAGCUGCCAUUGUGGUUGUGGACAACAGAGAGCGUAUACCCUGCUGCGUGCUCUUUCCAGGUGUGAUGCUGCUGAGUGCUACACUCUGUUGACUGGUUGACAACUGUGAUUUUCUGUGCUCUUGAUUGUGUGGGAACCAGGGAAAUUUAUUGAAAUGAUCGGAUGAGGACAAUAUCAAAAAUAAUAUUGUCCUCAUCCGGAUACUUUUAGUAACAUAAUAUUGCUGUCAUUUGGGUACUUGUUACAUAAGCAUACGAUAUGCCAAUUUAUUUUUACCACUGGAAUCCUGAUAUAAAUAAUUUUCCCUACAUGUAUAUCAUAGCAGAUAUUGCUCUUUGCACAUGGCGCCAUUUUAACAUGUACAAUGUAGUAGGAUUACCACUAAAAAAAAUGAUAUAAUGGAUGGCGAAAUAAAGGAGAAUGGAGAGGAGACUUCUGGCUUCCGA